UGGAACAUUAAGGGAGAGGACGUUGAAUUGAAAUGACCAUUAACUUUGGACUUACAGCAUUGAUCGAAAUAGCAAGUUAGACAUGUUUACGUAAGAACAAAAUGUUUAAAGUCAGAAUGUAGUCGUGGCUUAUAGAGAACGUCAAUGUACUGUUAUCUAGCAUAGUGGCCGUGCAGUUUAACGUAUUUCUGUCUGUAACAGGGACUGCUAAUUUACAGUCCCACCAUUUUUCCUGACAGUAUUUAAGCUUUGAAGAGUUGAAAGAUGAGUUAUUUGAGAAACUUCGUGUCCAGCAGGUGCUUGUUUCACCACAGUGAAUUACCAAGCGUGAACACAUCGGCUUGCUGGCAUGGGAGUCGGACCAGACUGUUCAGCACUACCAAAAUCAGCAUGACUAUAAUGCCUGCCUGGGUCAUCGAUAAAUAUGGAAGCAAUGAUGUAUUGCGGUUCACUAGAAAUGCCAGUUUCCCUGUCAUCAACUACCCCAAUGAGGUCAUUGUCAGAGUGCAUUCAGCAGGACUGAACCCGCUUGACGUCAGCAUGAGAGGUGGCUACGGCGCCGCGACCAUGUCUAUGAAGAGAGACCCUCUGAACAUCAAGCAGUCGGGCAGCGAGUUCCCGCUCAUCCUGGGGAGAGAUGCGUCUGGGGUCAUUAUGGAGUGUGGCCUGGAUGUGAAGCACUUCAUAGAGAGGGAUGAGGUGUGGGCGGCCAUCCCACCGUGGAAGCAGGGCAGCUUGGCUGAAUUCGUGGUGCUGAGUGCCAACGAGGUAUCCCACAAACCAAAGUCACUGAGCCACGUAGAGGCAGCAGCCAUUCCCUAUGUGGCAACCACUGCCUGGUCGGCACUGGUGAACACCGGUGGGCUCAGUAAGGACAACUGUGCCAAGAAGCGGAUUUUGAUCCUUGGAGGGUCCGGGGGAGUGGGAACAUUUGCUAUACAGAUGCUGAAGGCUUGGGGAGCCCACGUGACCGUUACCUGCUCCCAGAAUGCAGAGCGGUUUGUGAGGGGCCUGGGGGCGGACCACGUGGUGGACUACACCGCCGGGCCUGUCGAGGAGCCGCUCAGGGCACUGGAGAAAUUCGACCUGAUCCUGGAUAACGUUGGGGGGGACACGGAGCUCUGGGCGCUGAAUCUGCUUAAGCCUUGGUGUGGCGCCAAGUUUGUCACCCUUGUCACACCGUUCCUCCAGAACACCGACAGGAUGGGCAUUGCUGACGGCAUGAUGAAGACUGCCGCCACGGUGGCCACCAAAGCCCUCAAGCACCUAGUCAAAGGAGUUCACUACCGCUGGGGGUUCUUUGCACCUAGUGGUCCUGCCUUGGAUGAAGUAAGAGAGAUGGUGGAUGCAGGACAGAUUCGGGCUGUGGUGGAGGAGACUUUCAGCUUUCCCCAGGUUCCUUGGGCCUUCGAGAAGAUGGAGAAAGGUCACGCUCGCGGAAAGACCGUGGUGCAGAUCAGCAAAGGAGGAGAUGACUUGUAGCACUGACUGUUGGAGACUCUGUACAUCUUUAUGUACAGUACACUUGUGGAAGUGAAUGAAACUCAUUUGAAUGCUAGGUUUUUGCUUAUUGUAUCCACAGUUGCAAACUAGGUACAAGAACAAAGUUAUUGAUUGUUAUUGGUGUGGGUUUUGCAGCUAGAAAUGUGUGUAAGAUGCUGUUGUAUGCUUUCGAACGUUUGGCAUUUUUUUACUGGCUUAUAAAAUAAUAUGAUUAAAGUUAAGUGCUGUCAAUGUUUUUUAAAGAGCAGUUAGUAAAGUUUGACCAUGUAAAAUGUGAGUAUUCCCACAGACACAGUUGCCAGUUUAUUAGGUACACCUAGCUUAAACUGAUUCAUUCUAAUAAAGUACUCCUUCAAUAAAUCCCACACUCAUGAAGGUUAUAGUUUUUGUUGAAACUGUUUUAGAGACGUGUUGAUUCAACUAUAUGGUCAUUCUAGUGUUAAAGUAUAUCUGUAUACAACUCAGUGGCAGCUGGUGACUCAAAACACUUAUGAAGAUGGUAUGAAAACCAACCCACUGAGUCGUGUUACUGUCUGCCACUGGAGUCUGUGGGAGAUGACACAAGAACAGGAGGUUCAGUGAGGCUGGAAGAGGAGACACUACACACCAAAUGCAUUAAGAAUAUGAUCGAGCAAGUGGAAUUGAAUCGAUCUACUUCAAAAAAAGAUAUUUUGUGUGGCAUAUACUAUACCUUGACCUUUUUAUGGCCUACUAUAUUUUGACAUUUUUAUGAUAUACUAUAGGCCUACUAUGAUAUUUGUAUGACUGUUUUAUGACAAUGCAAUUCAUUUGAAUUGCUUUUUUAUGACUUAUUUUAUUUUUUACAUUUUUUAUAGCAUACGGAACCAUUUUUUAUGGCUUAAGGCAUUUUGUAACAUUUUAUGGAAUUCUAUACUACUUUUUAUUAUGAACAUUUUACGAUGUUCUAUAAUACUAAGAGAUUGUUAUGACAUUUUAUGGCAAACUAUACUUUGACUUUUUUCAUGGCAUACCAACUUACAGAAACAAUAACCAACGUCUCAAUACAACAUUUUGCUUUACUUGUAUUUUCUCUCUGAGUUUGAAGGUGAAGCGCAAUGCUGGGGCUGCUCAAAGGGGGCGCUGUCGAGCCAAUGUCACGCCGCAGCUCGACACCCAUAGACGGCUAUUUUCACCACGACUGCUCGCGUGCCAAAUUUGUCGGUGCUCGGGCCCUCAUAAUAAUAAACAGAAGAACAAUAGUUCCUCCUCUCAGAAUAUUAAUGAAUCAACUU